UCAAGUUGCCCCACGACCGGAAACCCCGCUCAAUUUCCAUUGCAAACUUGGCCCUCCGGCUGCAGUAUUUUUUUUUCAGCAGCAGUGUGCAGUGGAAGUAAAGAUUUGGGAGGUUGUUAUGGUAGCUUUAAGCUUUUCUCCAUACCCAAGUAGUUCCACCUCCCCAGCCUUGUUGCAGAUCUCUGCGCCAGCUCACCGGGGCAGAUGUGCAGGGCUUUGCGGCUGAAUUUGCGCCGACUUUUCUCGGGACUGUUGUAAACAUGCAGCCUCCGCCAAGGAAGGUGAAAGUUAGUCAGGAGCUGAAGCAUGCUCAGGCAGAGCAGUUAAACAGGCUGCACGUGAAACAUCAGCUUGACUGUGACCUUCUGGAAGACCUGAGGACAUACAGUCAAAAGAAAGCUGUACUAGAGAAGGACUAUGCACAGGCGCUCCAGAAACUGGCCUCCCAGUACUUAAAGAGGGAGUGGCCUGGAAUUCAGUCAGAAGAGCAGAAAGAAUACAGGAACGUUUGCACAGUAUGGAGGGCGUACCUGGAGGGCGUUGUGAAAGUGACGCAGUCGCGAAUCAGUGGCUCUGACAGCUACAAAAGCCAGGUGUCUGAGCCAAUCAAAACGUUCCGCACCCAUAAAGAGCAGCAGCUGAAGAAGUGUAUUGAACAGCUGACACGUAUCCAGGCAGAGCUGCAAGACACAGUCAAGGACCUGACCAAGUCCAGGAAACAGUACCAGGAGACAGAGCAGAUGGCCCAGGCUGUAAGGGAGAAAGCAGACAUGGAGGCCAAGUCAAAACUCAGUCUGUUUCAGUCCCGCUCCAGCUUGAAAAGAGCAAGUGUAAAGCUGAAGGCCAAGCGGAACGAGUGCAACUCCAAAGCCACGCACGCCAGGAACGAGUACCUCCUCACCCUGGCGGCCGCCAACGCCCACCAGGGCCGUUACUACGACAACGACCUGCUCUGCUGCAUUAAGGUCCUGGAUGGCAGUGUGUACGAUCACAUGAAGGGAUAUCUGGUGUCACUGUGUCAAGCGGAGCUGGAGGCGGCACAUACCGUACAGGACACCUUCAACUUCUUGCUGGAGAAGUCCACCGGAGUGAUGCAGGACUUUCACCAGGAGCUUUUUAUUCAAGAGAAUCCUGUGUUUCAGCAAGCACAGCUGUUCCAGUUCCAGCCCUGUGACAAUGACCCAGUGUCCCAGCUUCAGAAGGAGACCGGCACGGCGGAGGAGCACAGUCUGAACAAGGAGGCGAGGAGGUGGGCCACGCGCGUGGCCAGAGAGCACAAGAACAUCAUGCACCACCAGCGGACACUGUCGGAGUGUGAGGGGUCGCUGCAGCAGGAGCAGAACUCUGGUGAGCUGGAUCUGAAGGUGGAGGAGUCCAGAGAGAGCAUCCGGAAGGCUGAGACGGUGAAGCUGAAGGCGGAGGCCCGUCUCAACCUGCUCCGGGAUGUCGGCGUUGCCGUGGACACCUGGCUGAAGAGCGCAAUGAACCAGGUGAUGGAGGAGCUGGAGAACGAGAGGUGGGCCACGCUGACCCCCCACGAUGCCUCGCUCUGCAGCACAGCGGAUUUGGACAGGGAGGAUGACGAGGAGACAGAGGAUGCAGAAACACAAGAUGACAGCAGUUCCAGCCCCUGUAGCACGCUGAGGAACUACCCCCUCACCUGCAAAGUGCUCUACUCAUACCAGGCGUCACAGCCAGAUGAGCUAAGCAUCGAGGAACAGGAAGUGCUGGAGGUUAUAGACGAUGGCGAUAUGGAGGACUGGGUUAAGGCCAGGAACGGAGCGGGUCAGGUGGGCUACGUUCCGGAGAAGUACCUGCAGCUGCCGUCCUCCAACAGCCUGCUGAGCAUGUUGCAGUCGCUGGCAGCCCUGGACGCGCGCUCGCGCUCCUCCAGCAACUCUGCGGAGCAGGAGCCAGAGCCGGCCUCCGAGCACGCACGGACCCGCCCCAGCGGAGAUGACGGAGUGAGCUUUGCGAAGGCGCUGUACGACUACGAAGCCCAGACGGAGGAUGAGCUCUCCUUCCCGGAGGGUGCCAUCAUCCGCAUACUGAACAAAGACAACCAGGAGGACGACGGUUUCUGGGAGGGCGAGCUCAACGGCAGCAUGGGGGUCUUCCCUGCCGUGCUGGUGGAAGACCUGGCGGCAGCCAACGGCGACGAGACUCCCCCGCACAGAGGCACGGAAACCCAGGUCCACUUAACGCCGUAUGUCCGAUGUGCGUGUUCUCAGGGCUGCUCGCCCCGCCCUCUUUCUAUGACCCAGUUGCAGGCGUCAGCCUGUAGCAGCCCCGCCUCCAGCGCAGCCCCGCCUCCGCUGCCGACGCCCACGCUGCCCUCCGGCCCGGCUGGCGCCUCGGCCUCCCCUCUCCCGAGCCCGCACUCCCUAAAUGGCUUCCACAGGCCAGCCCCAGGACCACCGAAAACCGGCCACGGUCAUUCCCUCAACUCCACCCCACCACCCAGGUACCCUGCAGAUGGAGGACCGGGAACACUCAGGCCUGUGCGCGCUGCGCCUCCCCCUCCCAAACAACAGGCUCAGGGCCAAGUGCAAAAAAGGGAAGCAGUGGAGAUCACGCUGGUGUGAGGGGCGCCGCCCUGGUGGUCCUGGCCCGUUUCGACUGAACCGCCCUCCAGGGCGGUCCCCGGGCCCACUUUGAAGGGAGGGAAGGAUUGUAUUAUGCCAGAACCAGAAUUGUGGCAGCAAAGUGAAAGGUUGGAUGCAUCUGGAAUGCAUUUUGGAGUAAGCAGAGCUUAAACUAGAGGUCUACACACACAACCUCCCGCCCCAUGUGACACAUUCUGUGCUUUAGUGUUUUUCCCUGUCUGGGAGGUCAUGCCAUCUGUUUUGACUUCACCGCUGAAGUCAUCACUAAACACUUAAGCUAGUGAGUGUGAAACAUUCGGGGGAAUCAACAAAAAAAAUCAGAUCAGCAAUCAGCGGGAAAACCCCGUGUGUGUAGUGUUCUAGGGGGGUUAUGGGUGCAUUUAAACAAACAUGAAUGGAAUCAACAGCAGUGGUUGAGCUGGCGUUCAACUUUGUUGUUCACUUCCUGUGGAGUGGUCUGGCUGAGGUGGUCUGGCUUUCACAGCCAAGAACAUGAUUGGAAGAAAACGGACUUCCUAAAGGGAAAACGGACUUCUUAAAGGGAAAAGUGGCAAUUAUUAUUUAGUCCAUUUUAGAUAGUUAUGAAUUUGUAGUAUGUUUAAGCUCAAUACAAAAAAAAAAAAAAAAUU